UUAAGCUACUGGCAUUAGAUAAUUGGCGUUGAUCAUGAAGCCCAGGAUUUUUGUUAUCAUGAGUGUUUUGCAGCACUGCUAUUCCUCUCCACAACCACAAGAACAUGGACCUCAAUCUUAUUCAAUAGCAGUGGAUGCAUCGAAACCACAAAAAGAACUAAAGCACUUCUGGAGGAGUACAGGAUUUUGCCCCCCUCUACCACACAACAAAGCAGAUCUGUUUGACCUAAGCAAAGACCAAGAACUGAACCUUGCAUAUGUUGCCUCAGUACCUCAUAGUGGCAUUGAGCAAGUUCGAAUUCAUUGGCUAUUAGAGCUAAUCUCAAUCCGAUGUUCCCCUAGACUAUGAUAGAUGGAGGUCUAGAGCUCUGCAAUUGAAAUGCAAAAUAUUUCACAGCAAGUCAAACCUUUGCUUCUGCAAACACCAACUUUAA